AGUCACAGGUGUGGACUGGAUUAGGUGUGAGCAGUGCAGGAGGUGGGCUCAUGAGUUGUGGUCCAAUUUUACUGGGGAUAGCUUUAUUUGUGAUUUAUGAUAGUUACCCCCUAGCACCCUACUAUUAGGAUAUUAUUCAGUCCACGUUCCUAUCCGUUUUAGCGUCAUCUAUAUGAACGCAGCUGCCACUUCGUAGCUCACUACGCUUUAUUAUGGGUGACAGUUAUGGUACUCAUCACUGAGUUGGUUGGCUCUCUUUGAUGUGACUUAGUUCGGUUGAUACAUUGAUCUUUUUUUCAUUUAUAAAAGGAAGUCAUUUUACAAAAAAAGUCCCACCGUACCUAACAUCAUUACUCAACUUUAGACAAAUGACUUGCUACACCCGGUCUCAGUGAUGGCUAACUCUGGAAAUUCCCUUGGUCUUUACGGAGUUAACUGAAAGCUGAUUUGCCUUUCUUUCACCGUAUUUGUGGAACAAUUUUCUAAAUGUGAUUACAUUUGAUUUGGUUUUGGUGCAUCUAGGGCAAUUCAGAAAGUUAGCCGAUUGAGGAAAUUAUUACUGAUGAACGUGUUUGCUUGCAAUUUAUAUUUUGAUGCGUGUAAUUUAGGUCUCAUCUGUAAAAGAGAGCUCUGUCUCAGUUUGACUCCCUGAUAAAGGUAAAAACGUAACUUUAUGUGACGUCUGAACUCCAGUCCGCCUACACUAGUCGCUGCUGCUCAACUCCAUUGUAAAUCGUGGAGUUGUUUUAGUCGGCUUGUUAGUGCAUCCAUAGCUACCUCAGCACGUCCACACAAGGCAGCGGGAGGCGAGGCGGAGUUGGGUUAGGUUAGUGUGGGGCAGACAGAGGGAGAGAAGAGACCGAAGACUGCUCGAUUGAGAGGGAUGGAGAGCAGUUGCUUCGAGGGGCAUUCAGAUGCAUCACGAUGUCAGCGGUGGCUCCCCUGCAGUAAGCAGACAAAGGUUAUGCUGCCCAAAAGCUGUCUGAGUCCAGGUGAGAAAGAAAAGGGCUAAAGCCACAUCUCUCCCUUACCCCGUUAGCUCUCCAGACAGAGCCACAGCACUUGCAUCCAUCCCACAGAGAAGAGGAGCCAUGAGCAACCCCAACACACCCAGCAAUGUCACCGACGCCAUGGAAUCAGUCAUCCACAACCCGGAGGCGCCGCCAGCUUCAACCCAGCAAGGGGCGCAACAGGCGGAUGAGGAGGAUGAGGGGGACCUGAACAAAGCCCUGGGAGUCCAGAGAUUUCAGCAGAUCAUCAGCCCUGCCCCCAGGAUCCCUGACGAGCAGCACCGCACCUACAGCGAGGAGGACUUUGAGUAUCACCGUCACUCCUCACACCACAUGCACCAUCCCCUGUCCAAGCUGCACUUCGAAGGGAGGAGGAAGAAGAGCGGCAAGAAGAAAAAGGAAAGCGACCGCAAGGACAAUUCAGGCCCCACCAGCAGCACCACUAUUGAGGGAGGAGAGGAUGAGGAAGAUAAUGAGGAAGAGGGUGGAGAGAGCCACACCCAUCUCUCUGAGACAUAUUGUGAAACCGUCAAAGAAGAUGUCCAGUUUUUUCUGUCAGAUGAAGAUCACCUGGCCACACCAACCACAGACAUACCCUGCCCUGCCCGAGGGCUGGAGGUUGUUCCCCAGUCUGCCGUGAGCACUGUCCCUGAAGAUGCCACCUCCACGGAAAAGCCCUGUCCGGCCUCGUCCAGCAGUGACCCAUCCGACCCCACCCCUCUUAUCCGCGUGGCCAGCCGCAGCUACGACCUGCAGGAGCGCCGGUGCACCGGCAACAUGACUGGCGCCGAGCAGGCUAAGUACGAGCGCAUCCCCACGGACGAGAGCGAGGCGCAGACACUGGCCUCCGCCGACCUGGAUGGGAUCAAAAGCCAUCGUUUUGAGGAUGUCCCUGGGGUACGGAGACACCUGGUCAGAAAGAGCACCAAAGGCCAAGUGGUGCAUGUCGGCAAGGACCACAAGGAGCCCUGCACACGCAGCCAAAAAAAGGACCGGACCCCACAUGAGGUGUUUGUGGAGCUGAACGAGCUUAUCAUGGAUAAGAACCAGGAGAUGCAGUGGCGGGAGACGGCCCGUUGGAUUAAGUUUGAGGAGGACGUGGAGGAGGAGACGGACCGCUGGGGCAAACCCCAUGUGGCCUCGCUCUCCUUCCGCAGCCUGUUGGAGCUCCGCAAGACCAUCUCCCAUGGGGCGGUGUUGUUGGACCUGGACCAGAAGACCUUGCCUGGCAUUGCCCACCAGGUGGUAGAGCAGAUGAUCAUUUCAGACCAGAUCAAGGCUGAGGACCGCGCAAACGUGCUCCGAGCUCUGCUGCUCAAACACAGUCACCCAAGCGAUGAGAAGGAGCACAGCCACAACCCCUUCCCCAGGAACAUCUCGGCGGCCAGCCUGGGCAACCUGCUGCCCCAGCAACACAGCUCCAACCACAUCCACCAUCCAGAGCCCUCCAUCACAGACCCCCUCAUGGGCUCGGCCAGCACAGGGGAGCAGGAGACAUGUAUCGACAUGGAGAAGAACGACCUGCAGCAGAAGGAGUCUACUCCAAAUAUCGGCAUACACAGGUCGAAGUCCAAGCAUGAGCUCAAGCUGCUGGAGAAGAUUCCAGAGAAUGCUGAGGCCACUGUUGUCCUUGUGGGCAGCGUGGACUUCCUGGAGCAGCCCACCAUGGCCUUUGUGCGGCUGCAGGAGGCGGAGGAGCUAGACUCUGUCCUGGAGGUCCCAGUGCCAGUCAGGUUCAUCUUUGUCCUGCUGGGUCCCCCCAGCACCAACAUGGACUACCACCAAAUCGGACGCUCCAUCUCCACACUCAUGUCUGACAAGCACUUCCAUGAGUCGGCCUACCUGGCGGACGACCGCCAGGACCUGCUCAACGCCAUCAACGGCUUCCUGGACUGCAGCAUCGUUCUGCCCCCCUCCGAGAUGGGCGGUGAGGAGCUGCUACGCUCCGUGGCACGCUUCCAGAAGGAGAUGCUUCGCAAGCGGGAGGAGCAAGGAGCCCUGCUGGCCAAGGAGCCCAAGAGCCAGAAGGAAAAAGAGGCCCUCCUCUCACCCGGGAUGCCGGGAGACGACCCCCUGCAGCGUACUGGACGCCCCUUCGGAGGCUUAAUCCGAGACGUGAAGCGCCGCUACCCAAAGUACGUGAGUGACUUCAAGGACGCGCUGAACGCCCAGUGCGCUGCGGCCAUCAUCUUCAUCUACUUCGCUGCCCUCUCCCCCGCCAUAACCUUCGGAGGCCUCCUGGGUGAGAAGACUGAGGGUCUGAUCGGUGUGUCUGAGCUGAUCGUGGCCACAGCUGUGCAGGGUGUUCUUUUCUGCCUCCUGGGGGCCCAGCCGCUCCUGGUGGUGGGGUUCUCCGGACCCCUGCUCGUCUUUGAAGAGGCCUUCUACUCUUUCUGUAAGGGGAACGGGAUAGAGUACCUGACGGGCCGGGUGUGGAUUGGCUUCUGGCUCAUCGUCAUCGUGGUGACAACAGUGGCCUUGGAAGGUAGCUUCCUGGUCCGCUUUGUCUCACGCUUCACCCAGGAGAUCUUCUCCUUCCUCAUCUCGCUCAUCUUCAUCUUCGAGACCUUCUCCAAGAUAGGCAAGAUUUUCAUGGAGCACCCACUGCAGCGCUGUUACCUUGACAACAGCACGGCGGAGAACGCAACGGUGGAGAAUAGCACCCUGGAGCUAUUGCUUGGCAACAGCACUAUUUCAGUGGUGUCGGUGAAGGUCCUAGGGGAACCCAACACAGCACUGCUCUCCCUUGUACUCAUGUCUGGAACCUUCUUCAUUGCAUUCUACCUGCGCAAGUUCAAAAACAGUGCCUUCUUCCCUGGCAAGCUCCGUAGGAUUAUUGGAGAUUUCGGGGUCCCCAUAGCCAUCCUCAUCAUGGUCCUAGUGGACUACAGUAUACGUGACACUUACACACAGAAACUGAGCGUGCCCAGUGGCUUCUCUGUGACCAGUCCUGAGAAGCGUGGCUGGGUGAUCAACCCCCUAGGCAUGUACACCCCGUUCCCCAUCUGGAUGAUGUUUGGCAGUGUGCUGCCCGCCCUGCUGGUCUUCAUCCUCAUCUUCAUGGAGACACAGAUCACCACUCUGAUAGUGAGUAAAAAGGAGCGGAUGCUGGUGAAGGGUUCUGGCUUCCACCUGGACCUGCUGGUGAUCGUAGUGCUGGGCGGCACCUCUGCCCUGUUCGGCCUGCCCUGGAUGGCCGCUGCCACUGUGCGCUCCGUAACGCACGCCAACGCCCUCACCGUCAUGAGUAAGGCGGUCGCCCCCGGCGACAAGCCCCGCAUCCAGGAGGUCAAGGAGCAGCGGGUUACAGGGUUGCUGGUGGCCAUCUUAGUAGGCCUUUCCAUAGUGAUCGGAGACCUGCUGCGUCAGAUCCCCAUCGCUGUGCUGUUUGGCAUCUUCCUCUACAUGGGCGUGAUGUCACUCAAUGGAAUCCAGUUCACCGAGCGCCUAAUGUUACUGCUGAUGCCCCCCAAGUACCAUCCCGACCACACCUACGUCCGCAAGGUGAAAACGCUGCGGAUGCACCUGUACACACUGAUCCAGCUGGUGUGUCUGGCGGCGCUGUGGGCCGUCAUGUCAACCGUGGCCUCUCUGGCUUUCCCUUUUGUCCUCAUCCUCACCGUCCCCGUCAAGAUGUUCCUGUUGUCGCGCAUCUUCACCACCCGUGAGAUGCAGUGUCUGGAUGCUGAUGACGCAGAGCCCGUCUUUGACGAGAGAGAGGUCCAUGAUGAAUACUCAGAGAUGCACAUGCCUGUGUGACCCACACCAUCAUAUACCUUCCAACCACUGUAUUCUUCUCUGUGUCCACACCAUUCUGCCAAUCAAUCAACCAGCCAAUGAAAUGCCUGCCCAAAAGAUCCACCAGCAAAGACCCUAUAUAUAUAUGGUCAGAGGAUCUGUCAAUUAUAUCCUCUGACCAUCAUUGGGCACUGUUGGUACUGGUUUCCAUUGCUUUAACCACACCUGACCAAAGGGUAAAGAUGUCACAUGCAGGCUUUGGUCUUCUGAGACCCAGCUCUGUCAUGGAGGGGUUUAAGAUCACUCAUAACCCCCUGUCAAUCUCAUUCACUGGGACAGAGUUCAAUUGGGUGACAUAAGUAGAUUCAACGUUCAGGCGUUCUCAUGAUGAGACACAGCUGGAAAUGGGGACACAUUAUAAGGGGGAACUUCCUGUCCUCUGCAGGGGUUAGGGGUCGUAACCCUUCAGAGAGCACUUUGUGGUAUGAAUACAGACUGAAAGGUCCAAUCGGUUCAGCAUAUUUAUUUUGUUCAUCAUCCAUGUUUUAAAAUAUUUCAACAUAUUUGCCUUUUUUGAGUGGGGGGGUUCAGGGGUUCAAAUCCAGUUGUGUGUUUAUAGAUGUGUAUUUUCAAGGUUUAUUCCAGUGACCGUGUAUGGUAGGUAGUUUAGUACACAAUUAUUCAUUUUUCAACCCUGACAGGUUGUGCUGAUUCACAUUGAAUGUGCAGAGGAUUAUAUAUGGGAUACAUUCCUUGAGUCAAUAUAUUUAACAUAUUGUGCUUUCACUUUGUAUGUUUAGCUCUUUUAGCUCACUAAGCGCCUUAUGAAGGACAUGAUGGCUGGACAGAGAAACCUAAUUAUGUUGCUUUUGUUUUUAACAGCUGUUCCUUCAAGAGCACCUCUAAGCCCUCUGCACUUUUUAAGGCAUAAUAUUGAAUGUUUUAUAUUUUACUUAGUGUCUAUCAAACACUAUGCUGUGUAUUUUUGUACGUUUUUUUAAAAAGAUGCCUUAGAUUUUUCUCUCCCGGCAAAUCCAUUAGCUAAAAAGGAAGGCGUGUGAUUUUAUGUUUCCAAAUGAUUGCAAAGGGGACACAAACUGCUCCAACCUCAGACUGAUAUUAAGGUAGUGUUAGCCCGGUGGUUUUACCAAUAGUCAUUACAACACUGCUCAGCAAUCACAGCAGUCUUGUGAAGUCGUGAUGAAAUGAAUUGUGCGUAUCUAUGUUAUUGUGUAGUUUAUUUGCUUUCAUCCAUUCAUCAUCCUCCUAGUGUUUAUGCCGCCAUUGUGGUGGCUAAAGUUUACCAGCAGAGGGAGACGAAAUGUAACCAAAGUACACAUUGUAGUACCAAAUGAUUUUAAAGUACUGUACUGAAUGUGAAAUAACUCCCCAACCAUUUAUUUUUUGUUAGCAUUUCCUCCAUAAAAGCUGAAAUGGGAUCACAUCUCUCAAGUGCUACACAAUCUCAAGACCUUUCUGAAGUACUGUCUAUAUGGGGCGGCAGGGUAGCCUAGUGGUUAGAGCGUUGGAGUAGUAACCGAAAGGUUGCAAGUUCGAAUCCCCGAGCUGACAAGGUACAAGGUUCUGCCCCUGAACACCCACUGUUCCUAGGCCGUCAUUGAAAAUAAGAAUUUGUUCUUAACUGACUUGCCUAGUAAAAUAAAGGUUAAAAUUAAAAUAUAUACACUAAACAUUGUGAUACUUUCGCCAAGUACAGUAAACUUCUUGUAGUAUUGUUCUAAUAAGGAGCUGUUUAGUUUCACAUAUUUGGUCAUCUAAAGUAUAUCCUGCUGAAUCCCUUUCUGAAAGUUAUCGACAUGCAUCUAUGGGGUUCACUUUCACCUUUUGCAUUCUCACUGUGUAUGUUAAAGUGGUCUACCUACCAGCAUAAAGCUAGUCAGUAUUUGUGGGGGGGGGGGCACUAAUCUAUUUGUAUUUUCCUGUGUGUGAGUGGUUUUAUUUCUUCCCAAAUCUCGGCCUUUUAAAACGUUUCAAGUUUGGUCAGAACUAUCAAAUGUGGGUGUUAUCCCACCUGUUACUUGCCACCAGGUUUAUGAUGUUUCCGAGGUGGGCAAAGUGGUUCAGCGGGUCAAGACCAUUUCUCUCACAACAUUCAAUUUUUUUGGGGGGGGGGAUUUCAAGUAGUAUUAGUGUUUAUUAUAAAAAUUAUCCUAAGUUUUUAGAGAGAAGCAAAUGCGUUGUCUAAAAUUCCUAAAUGAUACUGUUGACGAAAUUUCUGUGUAGGCAACCUCCUUAGUGUCACCCAUGCCAGGGUAAUCUCUUGUGGAAAGACUACGUAAACAUAAAUCGUACUGUAGAUCUGUCAUGAUACAACUGGAUGUGUGAGAUCUGUAGCAUUAGUUCCAGUGCUUGGGUUUUUUGUCACUGGUUAUUUGGACAAAUCCUGAUUUUUGCAGGCGUUAGCAUAUUUCGGAUGGAGCAGGGACAUUUGGCUCAUAUACUUGCCUGUAACUUGCAAAGAGAAAGGGUAGAGUUCUUUUGUUUUCGGUUCUGAUCCUCGUUCUAUCUCUUCUCUUAACACUUAUGGACCCAGAUCUUAAUUGAACAUCUGACCAAUUACGCACGACUUAAGUUCUGGGUUUACUAAGAUUGAUGCCAGGGGGAUGGCUUAAAGCCUUUUUAAAGAUGUUUCUAAUAUAUACGGAUGUCUGGAGUUAGACCUAUGAAUAUAGUUUUUUUUACCUGAAAUGCAGUCAUUGAUUGUGAAGACUGGACCUCAUGUCUGUCUUUUGUUCUUUAUUGCCUCUUUAUUGUUUCUCAAGCAGGGGGGAGGCCGAAGACCUCACUACUCCCCUUCAGACCAACUCCUUAACCUUUUUUUUAUCCUUUAGUGUGUGUACUUUACUGUAUUUAUUCUUGGGAUAUUGCCUUUUCAACAGUAAAAGUUCAAAAAUGUAUCUUUCUGUGCACCUCAACUAAGCUAUACUUGGCUCCAUAUUCCCACGGUCUAUGGCUACAGGCAGCCCAACUCUGAUAUUUUUGGUCAAAAGACCAAUAAGUGGAAAGAAUAUCAGAAUCCGGCUGCCGGUGUAAACGCAUUCGAAGUCCUUUAUUUGUGCCUGAAUUGAUCUACAGCUGCACGUGAAUGUAUAUGAUAUGUGAUUGUGACAUUUAUCACCUGAAUCCGUCAUAGCCGUCAUAUAUAUUUUUUCCAGUAUGUCACUCAAGUUCAAUUUGUUUUCACUUUUAGAAUGCCCAUAGAUCAAGGCCUGCAUUCACAACAUGUCUCAGAGUAGGAGUGAUGAUGGGAUCAGAUUUCCAUUUUAGAUCCUACUGAAUAAGAUAUGAACAGAGGGGAUCUGAUCCUAGCACUCCUACUCACUCUUCAUGAAUACAGGUCCUGAUCCCUCACAUGUAUUGCAAUGUGACACUAUGUGUUGUCUUGAGUGUUUGAAGGGUGUUGUGCAGAUGUUUUAAAAGAUGUUGCAGUAAUUGAUGACCAUGGACAAAAUGGUGGUGUGCAACAUUUUUUUUUUUAAUGGAAAACGGAAUGGAUGGAGGGAAUGUGUUCUGUACAUGAUUGUCAGUGCCCAAGGAAGCAUUGCUAUAAUGCAGUUCCAUUUUAAAAGAAACACAAAGCAUUCUGGGUGUUCAUUGCUUAUGUUCAGUGUACAUACACUACCGGUCAAAGGUUUUAGAACACCUACUCAUUCAACUGAUCUUUAUUUUCACUAUUUUCAACAUUGUAGAAUAAUAGUGAAGACCUCAAAACUAUGAAGUAACACGUGGAAUCAUAUACUAACCAAAAGUGUUAAACAAAUCAAAAGAUUUGUCAAAUAGCCACCCUUUGCCUUGAUGACAGCUUUACACACUCUUGGCAUUCUCUCAACCAGCUAUACCUGGAAUGCUUUUCCAACAGUUUUGAAGGGGUUCCCACAUGCUGAGCACUUGUUGGCUGCUUUUCCAUUCACUCUGUGCUCCGACUCUUCCCAAACUAUCUCAAUUUGGUUGAGGUCGGGGGAUUGUGGAGGCCAGGUCAUCUGAUGCAUCACUCUCCUUCUUGGUCAAAUAGCCCUUACACAGCCUGGAAGUGUGUUGGGUCAUUGUCCUGUUGAAAAACAAAUGAUAGUCCCACUAAGCCCAAAACAGAUGGAAUGGUGUAUUGCUGCAGAAAUGUAUUUUGAUGUAACACUUUUUUGGUUACUACAUGAUUCCAUAGGUGUUAUUUCAUAGUUUAGUUUUUUUUUUUUACUUGAAUGAGUGGGUGUUCUAAAACUUUUGACCGGUAGUGUAAAUAGUUAAAAUAUUGAUGACCAAUAAAUAAAGACCAAUUUCGAUUAAACAUCA